UAUCUGUCUAGACGAAGGAUGUUAACAUACUAUUAACUAACAUCUUCUCUCUCCCUCCUCCUCUUGCCCUCUGUCUGUUUAUCAGUAAGUAAAAUAUCCGCAUUGCGUUCUUCUCUGGAAUUCUUGGUCCAGAUCAUCAGUAUAUUAAUCUUCUCUGUCUCCUUGCACUGAAAAAUGGCGCUGAAGCAUCAGUUGUUUUGCUCCUCCGAUUCCUCCUCGUUAUUUUCUUCCCUCUCUCCCCUAAAUUAUACUAGUACCAAACCUCCUCCUAGUCCUACUUGGUUGGUGGGUUCCUACUCCUCCUCCUCCUCCUCCGCCCCCAGGAGGAGAGAACAACACCACCUCGAUUUCACAACCCUAAACACUUCUAGAUUAAAAUUAAAAUUAAUCGAAGGAAGAGAUCUUCAUCAUCGUCGUCGUGGUCGUCAUAGUCCUGCCAUGGCAUCUUUGGGAGGCCUUUUGGGUGGGAUAUUCAAGGGAACCAACGACACUGGGGAGUCAACCAGGCAGCAGUACAUCGCAACUGUUGGACUCAUCAACGGGAUGGAAACCCAGAUGUCAGCCUUGUCCGAUUCCCAAUUGAGGGAGAAGACUUCCCUCUUGAAGGAACGCGCUCGUCACGCUGAUUCUUUGGACUCUAUUUUACCUGAAGCAUUUGCUAUUGUGAGAGAGGCUUCGAAAAGAGUUCUAGGCCUUCGUCCUUUUGAUGUCCAACUGAUAGGGGGCAUGGUUCUUCACAAGGGGGAAAUAGCUGAAAUGAGGACCGGAGAAGGAAAGACCCUGGUUGCUAUAUUACCAGCUUAUUUGAAUGCGUUAAACGGGAAAGGAGUUCAUGUUGUCACUGUCAAUGAUUAUCUGGCACGGCGAGAUUGUGAGUGGGUCGGUCAAGUUCCCAGGUUUCUUGGAUUGAAGGUUGGCUUAAUCCAACAGAAUAUGACAAGUGAACAGCGGAGGGAAAAUUACUUAAGUGACAUCACCUACGUCACCAAUAGUGAGCUUGGUUUUGAUUACUUGAGAGAUAAUCUUGCCACGGAAAGUAAAGUUUGUGCUAUGCGAAUUCUUUUAGUAAACAUUAUUAGUGUUGAUGAGCUUGUCUUGAGGGGUUUCAAUUAUUGUGUAAUUGAUGAGGUCGAUUCCAUCCUUAUCGAUGAAGCAAGAACUCCUCUCAUCAUAUCGGGACCUGCCGAAAAACCAAGUGAUCGAUACUAUAAAGCUGCUAAGAUAGCCGCUGCCUUUGAACGAGAUAUACAUUACACUGUUGAUGAGAAGCAGAAAACUGUUCUACUUAAGGAACAGGGUUAUGCAGAUGCUGAAGAAAUCCUAGAUGUAAAAGAUUUAUAUGAUCCACGGGAACAGUGGGCAUCUUAUGUUCUGAAUGCAAUCAAAGCAAAAGAACUUUUCCUUAGAGAUGUGAACUACAUUAUCCGUGGCAAGGAGGUCCUAAUAGUGGAUGAGUUUACUGGUCGAGUUAUGCAGGGGAGGCGUUGGAGUGAUGGACUUCACCAGGCAGUUGAAGCAAAAGAAUGUUUGCCCAUUCAAAAUGAAACUGUGACCCUGGCUUCAAUUAGCUAUCAAAACUUUUUUCUCCAGUUCCCAAAACUUUGUGGCAUGACUGGCACGGCAGCAACUGAGAGCACAGAAUUUGAGAGUAUAUACAAGCUUAAAGUCACAAUUGUACCUACGAACAAGCCCAUGAUAAGAAAGGAUGAGUCAGACGUGGUGUUCAGGGCUACUAAAGGAAAAUGGCGAGCAGUCGUUGUAGAGAUUUCUAGACUGCACAAAACAGGUCGCCCAGUGCUUGUUGGCACAACUAGCGUUGAGCAGAGUGAUGCAUUAUCGGAACAGUUGCAUGAAGCUGGAAUUCCCCAUGAGGUUCUCAAUGCAAAACCAGAAAAUGUGGAGAGAGAAGCUGAAAUUGUGGCACAGAGUGGUCGUCUUGGAGCUGUUACAAUCGCUACCAAUAUGGCAGGUCGUGGAACAGAUAUAAUCCUUGGUGGCAAUGCAGAAUUUAUGGCGAGGUUGAAGUUGCGUGAAAUGCUGAUGCCAAGAGUUGUAAAGCCAGCUGAAGGAAUUUUUGUUUCUGUUAAGAAACCUCCUACAACAAAGACAUGGAAGGUGAAUGAGAGUUUAUUUCCAUGCACAUUAUCCAAAGUAAAUACCAAAUUGGCCGAGGAAGCGGUACAAUUAGCUGUCAAAACAUGGGGUCAAAGAUCGUUAACUGAGCUUGAAGUUGAGGAGCGACUAUCUUAUUCUUGUGAAAAGGGUCCCGUUCAGGAGGAAGUAAUAGCCAACCUGCGAAGUGCCUUUUUAGAAAUUGUUAAAGAAUAUAAGGUUUACACCGAGGAGGAAAGGAUGAAGGUUGUCUUAGCAGGUGGACUUCACGUGGUGGGGACUGAACGACACGAAUCACGUCGAAUCGAUAAUCAGCUGCGUGGUCGAAGUGGCAGGCAAGGGGAUCCCGGAAGCUCCCGCUUCUUCCUUAGUCUUGAAGAUAAUAUCUUUCGGAUUUUUGGAGGGAACCGCAUUCAGGGUUUGAUGAGAGCUUUUAGAGUUGAAGACUUACCAAUUGAGUCGAAGAUGCUGACAAAAGCACUCGAUGAAGCUCAGCGUAAAGUGGAGAAUUACUUUUUUGAUAUUCGGAAACAAUUGUUUGAGUAUGAUGAUGUUUUAAACAGCCAAAGAGACCGUGUAUAUACAGAGAGAAGGCGAGCCCUUGUAUCUGAUGAUCUCCAAUCUCUCAUUAUUGAAUAUGCAGAACUGACAAUGGGUGACAUCUUAGAGGCAAAUAUUGGGUCUGAUGCUCCAAAGGAAAGCUGGGACCUCGAAAAGCUCAUCGCAAAACUCCAACAGUACUGCUAUCUGCUGAAUGAUUUGACCCCGGAUUUGGUUGUGAGCAAUUGUUCAAGUUAUGAUGAACUGCGGGAUUACCUUCACAUUCGUGGUCGCGAAGCAUAUUUGCAGAAAAGGGAUGCUGUGGAGAAACAAGCACCAGGUUUGAUGAAGGAAGCAGAGAGGUUCCUAAUUUUGAGCAACAUUGAUCGGUUGUGGAAAGAACACUUGCAAGCACUCAAGUUUGUUCAACAAGCUGUAGGUUUACGAGGAUAUGCACAGCGAGAUCCACUUAUCGAGUACAAGCUUGAAGGCUACAACCUUUUCAUAGACAUGAUGGCGCAGAUAAGAAGAAAUGUAAUAUAUGCCAUAUACCAGUUUCGUCCUGUGCUGGUAAAAGAUCAGGAACAACAACAAAGUGAGAAAUCAGCCAAGCUCGUUGCAAAUGGAAGGGGCAGUGACAGUAAUAACCCUAAAUCAGUUGGUGCUGUUGAAUCCUCAUCAUCAGCUGUCAGCCCCCAGUCUAGCUCAUGAAACCCGACGUGAGAUCUGAAUGAAGCAAUAUAAAGAUUCAUCUGAGUCUUUUGGAUAGUGUAUUGGAGCUUUUGUAUGGUAUAUUGGGGCAUCAUUUAGUGUAAGCAUUUAAAGUUUUGUAAAUCUUGAAGAGGUCAUAGCAUCAUAGGGAACCACACUGUUGAAAUGUAGAGAAAUUGUGGGAUCAAUGUGGUAGGCUUUACCACGUCCUUGUAAUAAUUCAUAUUUUUAUUUAUUUUUAAUUAUUUGAUAGGGCACUUGGAAGUAA